CUUCAGUUAUGACAGGGGAUCCACAUUCAACGUGUUUGUGGGAAAAGGUCAACUUAUUGCUGGGAUGGACAAAGCUCUGGUCGGCAUGUGCGUGAACGAGCGGCGCUUCGUGAAGAUUCCCCCCAAGCUUGCCUACGGAAGUGAAGGCGUCGCUGGUGUGAUACCCCCCAAUGCUGUGCUCCAUUUCGAUGUGCUUUUGAUUGAUCUCUGGAACUCGGAGGACGAAGUGCAGGUUCAGACUUACUUCAGACCUGAGAAGUGUCCCCGGACGGUCGAGGUGUCCGACUUCGUACGAUACCAUUACAACGGAACAUUCUUAGAUGGGACCCUGUUUGAUUCGAGCCAUAAUCGGAUGCGAACCUACGAUACCUAUGUGGGAAUUGGAUGGCUGAUUCCGGGCAUGGACCAGGGUCUCUUGGGAAUGUGUGUAGGCGAGAAGCGCAUUAUCACAAUACCACCUUUCCUGGCAUAUGGAGAAGAAGGAGAUGGUAAGGAGAUCCCUGGCCAAGCUUCCCUGGUCUUUGAUGUGGUUUUGCUAGAUCUCCAUAACCCCAAAGAUGGCAUUAUCAUCGAGAACCAGUAUGUGCCCGAAUCCUGUGAGCGGAGGAGCCAGACGGGAGACUUUCUCCGUUACCAUUACAAUGGCACACUUUUGGAUGGCACAGUGUUUGAUUCCAGCUAUUCACGAAAUCGUACGUACGACACCUAUGUCGGGAAAGGUUAUGUGAUUGCUGGGAUGGACGAAGGCCUGCUGGGUGUAUGCACUGGGGAAAAAAGAAGAAUAAUAAUCCCCCCUCAUCUUGGAUAUGGAGAAGAAGGAAGAGGAAAGAUUCCGGGAUCUGCAGUUCUGGUCUUUGACAUCCACGUGGUCGACUUCCAUAACCCCUCAGAUUCGGUCAGCAUCACUGUUACCCACAAACCUGCCAACUGCACCGUACUGAGUAAGAAGGGGGAUUAUUUGAAGUACCACUACAACGCCUCGCUCCUGGACGGUACCUUGCUGGACUCGACACACAGCCUUGGCAAGACCUACAACAUAGUUCUGGGGUCCGGGCAGGUGGUGGUGGGGAUGGACAUGGGCCUUCAAGACAUGUGUGUCGGGGAACGACGGACCGUUGUUAUUCCUCCUCAUCUCGGUUAUGGAGAAGAUGGAGUUGAAGGAGAAGUGCCUGGUAGUGCUGUAUUAGUUUUCAACAUCGAACUGCUGGAACUGGUGUCUGGCUUGCCUGAAGGGUACAUGUUCGUGUGGAAUGGGGAAGUUUCUCCCAACCUCUUUGAAGAAAUAGACCAGAAUCACGAUGGAGAGGUUCUUUUGGAGGAGUUUUCGGAGUACAUUCAAGCUCAAGUCGAUUCCGGCAAAGGAAAACUGGCUCCCGGUUUUGAUUUUGAAAAGAUCGUUAAAAACAUGUUCACCAAUCAGGACCGGGACGGGAACGGGAAAGUUACGGCUGAAGAGUUCAAGCUGAAAGACCAGGAGGCCAGAGAGGAACACGAUGAACUGUAAAGCUGAGGACGGAGGAACGGUCCCGAGCUGACCUGCGGUUCUGGAAGAGGUUUCGGCAAGCACGUUUCUGAGAGGUUAGGGCUCGGCCGGCCGGCGCCUGCCUGCGGGCAGGCUGCU